AUGUGUAUUCAUGCAUACUUCUCUUCCUUCCUUGCAAAAUUUCCAUUUUUUUUAACGUUCUUCCAUGAUCUUAUCACUGUCUGUGGAUGCGAGGGGCAGGCCCCGAUCGAGCCCAACAGGCAGAUUUCCUCCAUGGUAGAGGAGGCAGCGAGGUUAGCUAGGCAUUUCUGCGAGACGGAGUGGCCUGUGCUCGUCUUCCUCGAUUCCCACCACCCAAACAAGCCUGAGCCUCCUUAUCCGCCUCACUUGCAUUGUGGGAUAAGGGGAGGAGGAUCUGGUUCCAGGAACUCGAAGAAGAAGCACUGCAACCACCCAAUCUUCAAAACAUUCAUCGGAGGAUCAAUGAAAUUGCUAAAAGUUCACAAUGAGCUGGGCAAGACAAAGAUCACAACCCUUCCUAAUGGUGCCAAAAUUGCCUCUGAAACAACACCUAGCCCAGUUGCAUCCAUAGGACUGUAUGUUGACUGUGGUUCAAUAUAUGAGACCCCAUUGUCAUUUGGUGCUACUCAUCUUUUAGAAAGAAUGUCAUUCAAAACCACAAGAAAUAGGAGUCAGUUGCGAAUGGUACGUGAAAUAGAAGCCAUAGGCGGAAGUGCUAAAGCAUCAGCUUCUCGUGAACAGAUGGGUUACACUUACGAUGCUCUGAAAUUGUACACGCCUCAAAUGGUUGAGGUGCUUAUAGAUAGUGUCAAGAAUGCUGUUGUCCUUGAUUGGGGAAAACGAUCACAGCUUAAGAAAUUGAAGACAGAGCUAGGAGAGCUCUCUAGCAAUCCUCAGGGUUUGCUUUUAGAGGUUGUUCAUUCAGCAGGAUAUUCUGGUGCCUUGGCAAAUCCUGUUCAUUCAGCAGGAUAUUCUGGUGCCUUGGCAAAUCCUUUAAUUGCUCCAGAGUCUGCAAUAAGCCAUUUAAAUGGAACCAUAUUGGAGGGGUUCGUACAUGAGAACUAUACUGCUCCUAGGAUAGUACUUGCAGCCUCAGGUGUGGAACACGAGGAAUUGGUAUCACUAGCUGAACCACUUUUAUCUGAUCUUCCAAAAGUGCCACGUCCACAAGAGCCAAAAUCUGUCUAUGUUGGAGGAGAGUAUAGAUGUCAAUCUGAUUUACCGAGCACUCAUAUUGCACUUGCAUUUGAAAUUCCUGGAGGUUGGCAUCAAGAGAAGGAAGCAAUGGCAGCAACCGUUCUUCAGGUGCUUAUGGGAGGUGGUGGAUCAUUCUCUGCUGGUGGACCUGGUAAAGGCAUGCAUUCUCGGUUAUGCCAACUGUUCAAUCUGUUCAAAGCUCACAAAGAUCCUAGGCAAAAUCCAAUUGCUUAGUCCUGUAAAAGAUUGAGAAAGACAAGCUAUUUCUUCAGUAUUGUGGUAAUAAUUACUGUAUUGUUUUGUCCCGUUCUUAAGCCGAUAAUAAUUUUUGAGUGUAGCUAGUAGAAGUAAACAGAUUGUUGGCUUCGAGGUCGGCUAGUUAUUUUGUGCUCUUUUGUUUUAUUUGUGAAUAUCACUAUCUACUUUGAAACAGAAUUAGUGUUAAUUUUGAUA